GCCCGGGCCGGGGCCGCCCCUCGCCCGCACACCCUGGCGGCCCGUCCGCAUGGCCGUUCCCGCGGCCCCCGGCGCCGCUGACGGGCUGGGCCGGGCGCCCGCCGCGCUCUGAGCCGGGAUCCGAGCCCGCCCGGGCUCCGGGAGCGCCGCGCCCUGCGCCGCCGCACAGCCCGGGAGGACGUCCAUCGGAGACCACAGCACCAUGCCUGAGGGAGCUCGUCGGGGCAGCAACAAGAAAGCAGGCAAUCAAGUGGUCGCCAGACCAUCCUCCGUGUCCUCGCUGAGCGGGAUCGCCGGCGGCAUGGCUGCGGCCACCAUCUCGGGCAGCUGCACCUCGGUCAACACGGUGUGCUCGGACGGCGAGCGGCCCGUCAGCCUCAGCUCCUCCGCCUCCUCCGCCUCCCUGCCCGACAGCCAGAGCGCCUUCGGCAGCAGCGGGGCCUUGGGCGGGGGCUGCCCCGCCGGCUACCCCCCCGACGCCCAGCAGAACGGCAGCGACAUCAGCCUCGACCUCACCCCGGUGGCGCUGCUGGAGGGGUCGGCCGAGGCCGAGCGGCCCCCGGGGGGCGCCAAGCGGGGCGGUGCCUGGUCCCCCGGGCCUGCCAGAGCCAGGGAACGGCGGGUCAAGCUGUCCCAACUGGACCGGGUGGUGCUGGAGAUUGUGGAGACGGAGCAGGCUUACGUCCGGGACCUGAGGAGCAUCGUGGAGGAUUAUCUUGGCUGUAUCAUAGACAGUGGACACCUGCCCCUCAAACCUGAGCAAGUGAGCACUUUGUUCUGCAACAUCGAAGACAUCUAUGAGUUCAACAGCGAGCUCCUGGAAGAGCUGGAGAGCAACAGCAGCGCCCAUGCCAUCGCUGAGUGCUUCGUGCAACGGAGUGAGGAAUUUGACAUCUACACCCUGUACUGCAUGAACUACCCCAACUCGGUGUCGGUGCUGCGGGAGUGCAUGGAGAACCAGGUGCUGGCGGGGUUUUUCCGGGAGCGCCAGGCCACGCUGUGCCACUCCCUGCCCCUGGAGACCUACCUGCUGAAACCCGUCCAGAGGAUCCUCAAGUACCAUCUCCUGCUGCAGGAGCUGGCCCGGCACUGUGAACGGAGCAGCGCGGGCUACGAGGCGGUGGAGGAAGCCACCAUCACCAUGACGGCCGUGGCCUGGUACAUCAACGACAUGAAGCGCAAGCAGGAACACGCCGCCCGGCUGCAGGAGCUGCAGGGGCUGCUGGUGGACUGGAUGGGGCCGGAGCUGGAGGCCUUCGGGGAGCUGGUGCUGGAGGGGCAGUUCCGGGUACAGCGGGUGCGGCGGGAACGCGCCUUCUUCCUCUUCAGCAAGAUGCUGCUGGUCGCCAAGCGCCGCGGGCCGGCCUUCGUCUACAAGAGCCACAUCUUCUGCUGUAACCUGGCCCUGUCGGAGAGCCUCAAGGACCCCCUGAGCUUCAAGAUCUCGGACCUCACCAUCCCCAAGCAGCAGCACGUGGUCCAGGCCAGGAACCAGGAGGAGAAGCGGCUGUGGAUCCAUUACCUGAAGCGUCUGAUCGUCGAGAACCACCCAGCGUCGAUCCCUCAGAAGGCCAAGCAAGUGCUGCUGGAGAACAGCUUCCAAAGCUCCCCAGAGAUCCGCUGCAGCCCGGAGCCCCUGAAGACGCCGGCCCCCUCUCCAAGGAUGGAGGACGCUUGGGGCUAUGGCCGCGGCAGGCGGCAGUCAGAGCCGCCGGAGAGAGCCCGCAAAAGCUGCCCCGUCGCCCAGCUGGAUGGCGCCCCCCAGUACCGGCGUGGGCGCAGGCAGUCCGAGCCGGCCACUGAGCUGAGCCAGAUGGGACAGGAGCAGAACGGUCGCUGUCGGGGGCUCCCAGCCACCCCCAAAUUGAAGCACGCGGGCAGCGAGGGGGAGCUGUUCCCCGCCCCGCUGCCCCUGGCGCCCUCGGGCAGCGUCUGCACCCUGGACUCCAGCGUGGCUGAGGAGUCGGACCCCGGCGAGGAUGCCGAGUCGCCCCCGUUCUGCCUGGCCGAGGAGCCGCUGUCCAUCACGGAGGAGAUCCUGGAGCUGCUCAGCCAGAGGGGGCUGAGCAGGGACCUGGGGACGGAGGAGACACCCUGGGGGCAGGGGGAGCAGCGCCCUGGGAGCCCCGCUCCACAGCCGGAGCAGGAUCCGCCUCCGGACCGCACCGUGCUGGAGGAACGAGCCGAGGGAAGCGAAGUUCAGGAGGGAGAUGCCCCUGGGCGAGACGAGCCCCGCCGUGGCAGCUUCGGCGUGAUGCAACCCCUCCCGCCGUGCCGUCCCCCCCGCAGCGAAUCGGAGGAGGAGCAGCAAAAGCAGGAGCGGGGCCCUUCCCCUCUUUGUGUCCUAGAAGACCUGGAUGCAGAGGAGGCUGCUGGCCAGCCAGAGGUCCUGGCAGGGGAUAACACUUUGCGUGCAGGGCUGGAAGCAUCCAGCGGGGAGCUGGGCGCCACCAAUGGGGCCUGCCCCCCGUACGGGGAUGGGGCAGCGCGGGACUCGCCGCUGACCCGAGACGACUGGCUGCUUAUCGAGAAGAUCAAGUGCUACUACGAGGCGGGCGAGGCUGCCCCAGACCCCCCCACUCGGGAGGGCACCCUCUCCGCCCCCGCAGGUGUGGUGCGGGACUCUGUGCUCCACCUCAACCGCCUCCCCCAGCAGGAGGGCGCCACGGACCGCGAGGGAGGCAGGGCUUGUUGGGCCAAGGCCCGCCCUGCCCGCCAGGAGGAUGCUAGGAGGAGGUGGGGCCAGUUUCUUGACCAAAACACCAGCCCUCAUGGUGCCAACCAAGAGGAUUCUGGGAAGGGGGCGGGCCUAGCCUUUGAACAAGGCACUCAAUUUGGCAGCAACCAAGAGGAUGCUGGGAAGGGUCAGGGCCAGCCUAUCAACUCAGACAUCCAUGGCACCAACCAAGAGGAUGCUGGGAGGGGGCGUGGUCAAUUCAUCAACCAAAACACCCAAUCUGGUGCCAACCAAGAGGAUUCUGGGAAGGGGCGGGGCCAGCCUAUCAACCCAGACAUCCAUGGCACCAACCAAGAGGAUGCUGGGAAGGGGCGUGGUCAAUUCAUCGACCGAAACACCCAAUCUGCUGUCAACCAAGAGGAUGCUGGGAAGGGGCGGGGCCAGCUCAUCGACCAAGGCACCAAAGCUGGUGGCAACCAAGAGGAUGCUGGGAAGGGGCAGGGCCAGCCUGCCAGCCACGCUGCCCUGCGCGCUGCCAGCCAGGAGCCCGAGUACAAGUCGUGCGCGGAGAUCCGGCGGGCCUGGCGGGAGAAAGAGCGGGGGGCGGUGGAUGCCCUGGGAGGGCGCACCCCCCUCACGAAGCGAGGCAGCAAAGGGCCGGUGGCCGCUCGCGAGCCCCCACCGUUCCUGGAGCCCCUGUGGAUCGUGGAGGAGUCUGAUCUGGCUGCCCCGCCCAGGCCGCCCCGUGGCGAUGGGCUCCCUCGCGCCGACGGGGUCCCGCCCGCCGGCUACGCCCCCCUGCCAGGGCUGUCCGAGGACAGUGCCCCUUGCCUGCUGGAGAACUCGGAGCGGAUCCUCAGCAAGGUGCAAGCCCUGGCGCGGAUGUACAGCGAGAAGAUCGGCCGGGCCAAGACGGCCCGGAGGCCGCAGGACGGGCCGCACCGCCCGGCACCCAGCAGGAUGGGCACCCUGGAAAGCCUGCGGGAGGAGACGCCAGGGCCCUGCCUCCCUCUCUGCGAGCCCCGGAUCUACGGCCACGUGCUCAUCCGCGAGCCCCUCCUGCACCUGAACUGCGUCCAGGAGAACGUGCUGCUGGUGGCCGCCACCCGAGGGAACGCCCUGGAUCUGCACAGCGACCGGCCUCCACCUCUCCUGGCUUCCCAGUGCCUGGGUUCGGCCCCGGCCGAGGAGCCAGGACCCGCCUGGCAGGAGCUUCCCGCCCCGGCGGCUGUUCCACCUCCCCCGGGGCUGGUGGAAUCGCCUCCGAAGCUCAGCAGGCCCCCCCCGAGCCCAGGCGAUCCGGCUGGGGAAGACCCCGGCACGGGCAGGUCUCUGCCGCCUGCUCCUGGCGCUACCGGUGGAACUGCCGGGGACUUUGAGGGAGCCGGGUGCCUGUCGGUGCCGGGCCGCCAAGCCAGGCUGGCGGGGGCAGAGCUGGCGGCCGGCGGGCGCGGGGGUGAGGCGAGCGCCAGGGAGGUUUCCGCGGAGACACCAGCCUCCUCUCCCUUCUCGGAAGCGGCCCCGAGCCAGCAGGCGCCGGAGGUGGCCGGUCCGGUCCCAGCCGCCUCCCCCAGCCCUGCGGAGGAAUGUGAGCCAGCGUGUGUCGGCACAUCUGCCGAGCCUGACCUGCUGGGGCCGGGUCCCUCCGUCCCUGGUGCCGGCUCCCAGGAGCCGGCGGGGGAGCAGAACGGGCCUGCCGCCAUCCCGCUGCCCGAGGAGCGGGCCCUGGCUUUGGGCAGGGAUUCCCCGCCUGGCACUGAGGAGCUGCUGCCCCAGCCAUCGCCGGGGCCCGUCAGCUGCGGGACAGGAGAGGCGUCCCCGCCGGCCGCGCCGGACCCUGUCCUGCCGGCGGCACCCUCCGGUGCUGCGGGAUCCCCGUCUCCGCUCCACAGCAACGUCCUGCCGCUGGUAGCCCUGCUGUCCCGGGGCACCCGGCUGCCUUCCCGGGCCACGGGGGUGGCACGCCCGUCCCCAGCUGCCCAGCCCGGCCGCGCCACAGCCCGGCCGGCUCCCACUUCGCCCAGCUCCAGCCUGGAUCACAGCCCCCUCCCGGCUCUGCCGCGCCUCCAGACCUCCUCCCCGGCACACCGGCGCCUGUCCUCCAGCGCCGCGGCCAUCUCCAGGUACAUUGCUGCCUCCUGCAUCAGCCAGAGCCUGGCCAAGAGAAAUGGUGCCCCCUCGGGGCCACCUGGCAUCCAGCCUCCUCCAGCAGAGACUCCGGCACCCACCAGGCCUCUGCCUGCUUGCUCAGCCAUCCCGAGACCGGCCCCUGGCCCCUUGGGGCCUCCUGGCAUCCAGCCUCUGUUGGCAGAGACCCCGGCACCCACUAGGCCUCUGCCUCCUUGCUCAGCCAUCCCGAGACCGCCCCCCGGCCCCUUAGAGCCACCUGGCACCCAGCCUCCGUCAGCAGAGACCUCGGCACCCACCAAGCCUCUGCCUCCUUGCUCAGCCAUCCCGAGACCGCCCCCCUGCCCCUUGGGGCCACCUGGCACCCAGCCUCCGUCAGCAGAGACCUCGGCACCCACCAAGCCUCUGCCUCCUUGCUCAGCCGUCCUGAGACCGCCCUCCAGCCCCUUGGGCUCCAGAGCCCUAGCACCCCCAUCUGCUCCAUUACCCAGUGAGAAGGCCAAUGCCUGGUCCCAUUGUACCAGCAAGCGGGACCCUUCCCAGCUCAGCGUCUGCCCUCCACCCUGUGCCAGUCCCGGGUCGCCCUCUCCAGCGGGCUGUUGCCGCAAUUCCAGCUGGCUGGGGGAGCCCAUCCCCAUGGCGCCUGGCUCAGCCGUGCUGCUGGCCUUCGACCGUCUCUCGGGGAUGUGCCUGGGCCCCCGAGCUAAGCAGCCCACCCCCUUCUCCUCUGCUUCAGAGCCCAGCUCCAGGGUCCAGUCUCCAGCACCGGCCUGCCCGCGGGUGUGCUCCCCCCCUCCCUCCAGCCAACGCCCUGCAGUAGGAAGAGCUGGCUGUGCCCCCCCACGGCCUUGCUCCUUCGCCCCCUUGCAUGUCCCCACCCAGCCUUCCACCCCCCGCCUCUCCUCCCCCCUGCAGCCCACCUCCUACCCCUCCGCCACGUUACCUCAGCCAGGCAGGAGGCCGAGGGGAAACCCCGAGAGCCCCCCAUCCCCUAGGGAUGCAGACAGGGCGGGGUGCUGCUCCGGGGCGCCCUCUAGCGGCUCAGCCAGUCCCAGCCCCGACGAACUGGAUGGCAUCAAGUGGCCGGACAUCCCCGGCUUGCGUUCCAGGUACGCUGACCGGGCGGGCAGCAUGGGGCCGCCGGGCUCGCCAGAGGAGUACCCCAAAGCGAGGGGGGACUUGGCUCGGGACACGGGACCCCAUCGGGCCAGCUACUCCACCACCGUCAACAUCCAGAUCGGGGGCAGCGGCCGGAUCGCCUCCUUCAGCAACGCGCAGGUCAGCCUCACCCACCCGCUGCUGGCGGCACCGGGGCAGCCCAGCGCAAGGCGGAUCAACGGCAGCACCUUAGAGACCCCGCCGACAACGUGACGGGCCAGGUCGGGCAGGGGGGUUUACAGCCACGGCUGCAGGACCACUCCUGGCUCUGCAUGUCCCCGGGACCAAUGGGACCAAUUCCUGGGGCUGGAUGGUGGGGGGGGAUGAAUUGUUACUGACCCACUGGGGUUGGCAGGGGUGGGGCCAGAUCCCCAGCUAGGGUAAUUUGGCCCUACUCUAUUGACACCAGCUGGGGGUCUGGGCCCAUUGACCCCACUGCAGUGAGGCCCAUUGAUACCAGCUGGAGGUCUGGGCCCUUUGACCUCAAUGGAAUGAGGUCCAUUGAUACCAGCUGGGGAUCUGGGUCCAUUAAUGGAGCGACGCCCAUUGACCCCACUGCAGUGAGGCCCAUUGAUACCAGCUGGGGGUCUGCGCCCAUUGACCUCAAUGGAAUGAGGUCCAUUGAUACCAGCUGGGGAUCUGGGUCCAUUAAUGGAGCGACGCCCAUUGACCCCACUGCAGUGAGGCCCAUUGAUACCAGCUGGGGAUCUGGGCCCAUUGACCCAAAUGGAAUGAAGCCCAUUGAUGCCAGCUGUGGAUCUGGUUUCCUUGGGUGACUUUAGAGGCACAGUGGGGUGGAUAAGGCCAGCUGAACUCAAGAGUCUGUCCGUGCAAUUAAGCAACUGUCUCUAGCCCUCCCAGGCCAGGAGGGAUCUGUGGGGAUCUGUAAAAGCCGUGUGGCCCCAGCUGAUUGUGCUCGUCCCAGCCAGGUGGCCACGGCACCCACAGGCCAACAGGUAAGUGCUCUCCGCCUUGCAAGCCCCCAUCUGAGGCAAACGGCAUUCGGUUCUGGCUCUGGGUUGUUUUAACUGCCUAGCUCGUUCCUCGGCGGAUUGGGCCUGGACGGGGACCAAAGUGAGCGGUGUGGGUGUUUGUAAAGAGGAGUGGGCACUAGGGGGACACAAACGCACACGAAAGCCUAGCCAGCAGCGGGCAGGAUGCACACCUGCACACACCCUUCAGCGUGCACGGUGCAGUACGGACAUAUGCACACCUCUUUAGCCAGCAGGGGGAUCUGCACGCACACCCUCCUAGCCAGAAGGGAGCAGUGUGGACCCACGCAGAGCCAGCAGGGGGCAGUAGGCACACACCCAACUAUUUUCCUGCUCCUUUUAAGGAUGAAAACCAAAGUGUCUUCCGGGCCAAAUCCUUGCUUCAGCCACACUCUGCUUGAAGCAGCCCAGCAGAGCGAGGGCAGCAGGCCUGGGGAAAGCCAUUGUCCUGGUGCAGAGCCGCCAGCCCCGCCGCAUCUGUCCCCAUUAAGCUGUGUGGAGCCUGGCUCGGCUUGCUGGACCCAGGGGUCAAUUUGUCUUUGGACUCUGGUGCAUUGAGAUGCUGAGCUGUGGCAGCCACACGGUCCCUGUUGUGCCUUCACUCCGGUGUUUGGGCCUCCCCGGGCAGAAAUCCAGCUCCACAUAAGUCCCCCUUAAACCUGCGUGAGCUGGUGCCCAGGGGUCGUAUUCCCAGUUCUGCUACAAACUCCUAGUGUGUGAUUGUGGUCUAGUCACUUCAUCUGCCCUGUGCCUCAUUUCCCCCCAGGGGGAUUGUGGACUCUUUGGGGCAGGGUGUGUUGCUUGCUCUGGGCACGGCAUACAUCUCAAUUUUUCCGGGUGCUACUGUAAUUAAUCUAAUAGAAACCGAAACUACAGCUCUGGUGAGCUGAAGCUGGUGCAUGCCCUAAAAUAUGUAGGAAGUGGGAAGUUGCUUUCUCUCCAAGGGAACCACAGGUGUGUCCUCAACGCAUGCUUAAGAGUUGGCCCCAGGAUCACACAGAGCGUGCUGGAAAUGUCAAGGCAGCCAAGUCCAUCUGUUUACGAGGCCUAAACGCACCUUAAACUCAAAUUUGCCCAUAAAAAUUGCAUUGGGACAGUUGGGUAGAACCAGUUUUUAAAAAUAUUUGUAUCAGAUCAACAUUGAAAUCAUCAGCUCAAUGUCUGUUUAAACCAGCUGGGAAUCUGGCCCCAUUGACUCCGGUGGAACGACGCCCCGUUUAAACUUGGUGGCUCUCCAGCUCUACAGAGUGGCCACUGGUCCAAAUUACUCCAGAAUGAUUUUUUCCCCCUCCCUAGGCCCAUAAAACCCUGUAACUCAAAACCACUCCUCAGUUUCUUCCCAGCUUUCCCUGGAGCUGAGUUGCCCUGAGAUUCUAGUGGAUCUCGCUGAUGAAUUCAAGAUGCAAAAUACCAGUUUGCUUAAAUAUUGCACAGCUACAGUAAAAUCCCUCCAGAUGGAGCAAUCCUGGGUUGUGAUUUGGAUGAAACUUCUUGGAAUGUUUGAAUCCCUGCUUGUUUUCCUUGAAAUUAACAAGGGGAAAUUUGUGUGUGUGUGUGUGUUUCCUUUCCCUAAAAGAGGAAAUCAGGAACAGGGUGGCAAUAAAAUGAGAAUAAUGAAAUAAAGAUUGGCUCCUUGGAAAAGCAGUGCAGCUAUGUCUGUGGUUUUGCAAUGAGUUUUUCUGCUUCAUUUCUAAAGCUGGGAUUGCACAAGGCGAUUUUUAAAUUGGAGCAGCAGGUAGUUUAAGAGACUCUGGUAUUUAAUAUCGAGCCUUCCAGAUGGAACCAUUUAGCUACAUGUUUCUGCAAAUUAUUUCACAGCCCACCAAUUGGGGGGCGGGGGGGGGGAUCUCUCUAGGGUUAUUAGCUCCCUUACCGCCUGUAAUGUAUGAGCCUGCAUGUUUUCAUCCAUUUGAGAUUCAACUUUUUUCUCCUCUGACUGCUGGGGCAUCGCUCGCCUUGGGCAAUCUGGCCAAGAUGUCAAGGCCAGAUUUAAAAUGUCGUUCAUUUCCUUCUCUUGUAGCCUUUUUUAUUUUAUUUUUUUUUUAAAGGCCAGAAGGCACCAUCCUGCCUUUCUGUAUAAUCCAGGCAGCCAGCCCCUCCUGGCCAUUCCUACGUCCAGCCCAUGCGUUCAUGCUAAACUAGAGCCAAUCUUUAGCCAGUCUUUAUCUAAAGAGUCUGAGAGACGGAGAAUCUGCCCUGUCCCUUGGGGAACUUCUCCAAUGGUUAGCUCCUUGCCCCAUUACCCACUUGCUGCCCUCUCCCUGUUUCCACUCUGAAUGUGUCUUGCUUCAACUCCCUGCCUCUAGAUCUUGUUCUGCCUUUGCUCAAUUAUCAAGCCCUCCACUAUCAACAAACUCCUUCCCGUGUAGGUCCGACCCCCCCUUUUUGGCUCAAGCAGCUUGUCAAAGGUGGGGGCCCUGCAAUUGUUCCAGCUGGGAAGAGAAGUUGACGAUAGAAUCUGGCACCUUUGAUGCAAUCUUGUUUAUUUGCAAGGGACCGUACAAAGUCCUGUUUCUCUGAACACAGGCGGACCCAAAACAUGAGAGCUCGCUUCCUUACCCACAGCAGCACACAUCCUGUGGGUGUGUCUGUCUUUCUUUCUCUGCUUCUGUGUGUCUCCCUCUCCAUGUGCUGUGCCUCCAAGACACUUACCCCAAAAUCUAUACUCUGCCAAACUCCCCUUCACCAAAGUCUUUUGAAUUCCUGAGUGGCUGUGGUUUGCCGUGGUCUCGGAGAAUGCUGUUGUAUCUUACACUGAAGCUGAAUGAAGGACAGCUGUUAGCUCAUCCGUUUCAGGGGUUUUAACCCAACCUCGGGCAGUAGUUCUAGCCCGACAUCAUGUCUUCUCCUCGGUUAAUGAAAUCGACUGAGCUUCCCCAGCCCUCAGCUGGUCUCGUAACUCCUCUUUGUUCAUGGACAUGACUCUGAUUUCACUUCCACCUGGUUUAUGUCAGAGGCGGCACCAGACUGGAGCUGAGCCGAGGCCCGUCUCGCCCGGUAUCCCAGCUCUGAGGGUGGCCAGUGCCAGGUGCUGCAGAGCAAGGUGUAAGAACCCUGCAGGGGCAGAUGGGGGAUAAGCUCCCCUCUCCCCGCCACAUUAGGAAUCUGUCUCAUCUCCAAUAGUCCGAGAUCAUCUUACGCCCUGAAGUAGAGGGUUCUGUCUCCCUCAGCAUGGUUGUAAAUCGAGCCACUCCCCCAGGGCAUUAUUGUUGACUGCGUUAGCGUAGCACCUAGGACCAGGACACCCCCUCCCCCCAUGCCAAAAAUUGCAUGUUUUCAUUGCUAUUAGGUGUAUUACGGUAGCACUCGGGCGCCCCAGUCAUGGGCCAGAUCCCAUUGCGCCAGAAGCUGUAUGUUUUUAUUAGCAUUAGUUAUGUUACAGUAGCACCCAGGAGCCCAGUCAUAAUCCAAGACCCCCCCUCCCCCCCCCCCACUGUGCCAGGUGUUGUACAUUUGUUUUGCUAUUAGGUGUAUUACGGUAACACUCAGGUGCCCCGUCAUGGCCCAGGACCGCAUUGUGCCCGGUGCUGUAUAUUUUUAUUGCUCUUAGGUGUAUUACGGUAGCACCUAGGUGCCCCGUCAUGGCCCAGGACACUGUUGUCAGGUGCUGUACAGACACAGAACUGUCCUACCUCCAGUGACUUCCUGUGGGGUGUUGUCCCAAUGCAGAGGGGUGAAUCUCAGCCCCGGGGAGGAAUUGUGGUGGAGGUGGCCCUUCCUUCCCCCACCCACUGGGGAACCCCCUUCCCACCCCAUCUGCUUUGCCCUGCUUUGUCUCUGGGCCGCAUGGUACGUAUUUUUCCAGCCUCAUCCCCCCCGGCACGAUUUCUAUCCCUGCCGCCCCUCGGCCAGUUCUUUCCUGGUGUCGUUUUUGCCUGUCCUCAGAGCCAUCCAGCGAAUCGACCGAUUUAUUUGAUGUGGCCCCCAAAUAACACCCCACCCCUGCAAAUGGAAAAGCCGCAAGAUAGGAAAAGAUAGUGCAAAACCGGCACUAGGCCUAGUGCGGCGCUCAGACCAGUGGGUCGGCGGCCAGCUUGCUGGGCUUCUCUUCCCGGGUCUGGGCAGGAACGCGCCCUGCUGGUUAGGGAGGGAGCCAGGACUCCUGGGUUCCACUCUCAGGUCUGGCUUGACGUGUGGUCUAGCGGUGAGAGCCACGACUCCUGGGUUCCAGUGCCAGGUCUGGGUCGGUGUGUGAUCUAACAGAGAGAGCAAGGGGGCCAGGACUCCUGGGUUCCUGUCCUAGUUCUAGGAGAGAGUGAAGAUCAACAGUUAGUGGAGGGAGGCCAGGACUCCUGGGUUCCAUUCUCAGCUGCGUCGCGCCCUCCUGGGCAGACGUGGCCCCCUGAGCCAUGGCGAGAAGGGGGAGGGUGACACAGGAGGUUGGUGGACAUUUGAGUGUGACCGGCAGGUGUGCGGGAGCGGGACGGGGGUGAGUGGUAAGUGCUGAGGGCUGUGAAAUUGAGAAGGGAUGAGGGAUCAAGCUAUCCAGGUAUUCGUAUGCUCCUACGCUGCCCAUCACCGUGGCCUCUGAGCCCCUCCCAAGCGCUAAUGGAUUGCUCCUGCCAACGUCGCCUCAGAUUUCCCCAAUGCGCUCCACUCCAGCGGAGCGUGGCCUAGCGGUGAGAGCAAAGCAGCAGGAGCCAGAACGCCUGGGUUCUUUUCCCAGCUCAAGGUAGCUAGAUCUAGUGGUUAGAGCAAGCCAGGACUCCUGGGUUCUUCGUAAACUCUAGGUGGGCAGUGGCAUCUAGUGGUUAGAGCAGGGGUGGGGGGGACUGGGAGCAGGUUUCAUGGGUUCUACCCCCAACUUUGGGAAAGGAGUGUGUUGCUUCUCGUCAGUGGUUAGAGCAGGAGGGACCAGGCGCCAGGAUCAGGCCUCCAGUAACGUUGUCUCCGUCCAAAUCGUUGGACAGCCACUUAUGACCGAAAAUGAAUGUUUACACUUUCCUCUGGGCCAGCGGCCGCCUCGGCUCACACCCCUGCUCGCCAGAGCUUUUGUGGUUUUCAAACAGCUUUGUCCGUUAUUUAUGCUGUCACAAUCACCUUUAAAUUAACGCCCCAGGGUUUUUAGUUCCUCUGGCUUCUUGUGAAGUUUGCCUUCUUGUAAAUCCAUUGGCGGCGGUUAGGAUCUGAUGUUAUGUUACCGGUCUGGUGGAUUGGUUUACGGCCCCUGUAUCAUACGUACAACUUGGUUGGACGUGUUUGUUCUUUUUACUUCUGGUUUGGUUUGUUUUUGUAUUAAAGUUAAUUUUGGAAGAGAAAAAAAAUUGCCAGCCAUAAAUAAACAGUGAUGUUUUCAGUGA